AGUUAGUUAGUUAGUUAGGUUUAGGGGGCUUCGCGGGUUGAUUUAGUAAUUAUUUAACUUCGAUAUAAAACCCACAACCACAAAGUGGAACACUUGAAUAAAUCCUAGAAACAAGGCAGCUUCUUCCUCCGCCGCUCGCUCAAGCUCAAUUCCUCUGGCUUUGACGGUUGCAGUCUGUAGCAGAAAAACUGCCAUGGCGAAGAAGGAGGCGGGUGUGGAAGAGGAUGACGUGGAUUCUUUUUUAGCGAGUUUGGAUCCUGAAUGCGAAUACUGCCCUCCCCAGCUGGUGCAGAAGCUGUUUGAGUCGAGGGCAAUCGGUUGCAUCACCGCACUUCUGGAUCGCAAAGUCGCUCACAAUCAGCUCGAUCUCCGCCGUCGGCUAGCAAACGGCCAACGGCCGAUGUGCUAUGCUGCUAAGCUAGGGUUUCAUCAGGGGUUACAGCUUUUUCUUCGCCAUCGGAUUCAUCCCACGGAUAAUUUCUUGCCGGACGGUUCGGAUUCCUAUUCAAAUAUUCCUAAGGAUGAAUAUGGGGGUGAAGUCAUCGACUUGGCAUUCGAGGCAAGUUGCGAGGAAAGGAAGAAGAAGCUGGGUGAAGAAAUUACCCUCUCUCAGUUGAUCCUCUGGCUGCCGGAAUGGAUCUCCGAGCCCGGCAAUUUUGCCUGGUGGCACACCGUGAAGCUGCUGGGACGCACCUGUUCCAUUAACAUCGAGUCGAAAGCCUUGGAGUAUGCAGUCAAUGGCCAGGCGACACAGCUGCUCUGGCUUCUGCUUGUAGUCCCUGAUCGAGUUCUCUCCCCGACAUUCUUUCGCGCCAUACCAAUGUUUAAGGAUCGUCUGGAGCUUUUCUCCCUCCGCGAUUUCCUUACCGCUCAGCUAGCAGUCGUGACCGCUGACAGCCUCAGCAUUCGACACCACGAUCCCAGCCAAAUGAGCAACAAGUCGUCGUCUUUGGAGUUGAAGAGGUUGAUUCUUGCCACUUCCCUGCGAUUACUUGAAGUCUUUCACAGGGCUGGCCCCCAGUUGACUUUCUUAGUGGCAACCUUAGAAAAGGAGCAUCUUUCGAAUACCCCAAUUGCUCAACAGGUCAAGACUGUGUUAGAGGGAGCUGGGUUCCCCUUGACUUCUCUGGAUUGCCCUAUUAUAUCACAUCCCUAUCAUUCAGAGAUUAAAGACUAUGCCAGUGCAAGCCAUAAAGAAGCAUAUCUCGAAUUGGUCUUCUUGAUUCGACCGGUGCAUGUUUGCAGAAGUGAAGUUCUUGGUUCACGAUUCAGUAGGGCUAUUGGGAAGUUGUGCCAUCAUCCUUAUCUGAAGGAAUGGAGCCCCCAAAAUUCUGUUUUCAAGUUGCUUUUCAUAUUUUGCCUCCCUGACUUGGUAGAAAAGAUGCAAUGCAUGCUGCAGUUACAGCUUAAGCAUCGUAACCCUGCCAAGGUCAUCUGUCCCACCUAUCUUGCCGAAUUAUGUUUCAUCUAUAUGACAGAGGGGCGGAUUGUUGAGUUCACAGCUGCUCUAAUGGCCGUACAAAUUCUUCUUCGGCUGGACCAUCCACUAAUUCCUCAAAUGUCUUUCCAUACAGUGGGCAAUAAAAAGUCUCCCCCAACUGUUUAUGAAUAUUUACUGCAUCAAUUGAAGAAAGUGCUUGACGAAGAAAUCUCCUUAACCGGAAAAAGCGAGGACAGUGUUACUGUUCAGCUUGUCAAGGAGAAACAAUCGGUGAUUUCUUCUGCAUUAUUAUUAACAAAGAUAUUCGAAAGGUCUGCACAACAUAUAAAUUGGUAUCUUCACUCAGCAAGAUAUGAGGUAAUACAAGAACGUGGGGAUUUGAAACUGAUUGUAGAUGAUGUUGCUUCCUUUCUUGAAGACUCGGGCUUUUUGUUAACAUCUCAAGACAUUUGUGUGAAUCACAUGGAGUGUUUCUCAAGCAAAUCAAGUGUUAGCAAAACUGAGUUAAAAGGAGAUUCAUGGCUGUUUGGGCCACAUAUGCAGAGAGCUUCAUGUGUAAAGGUCUCUUGAAAUCUUUGUACAAUCUUGAUUUAAUAUUAAGUUCCCUUCCCUGCUUCAUUCAUCAGAAAACUGUGAACAUCCUUGCUUCUUCAAACAUCUCUACUACCUUCAUUCAAUAUGAACAUUGUUGCUUGGUUGUUCCAUCAUAUGUAAUUGUGCAGGAGAAGAAAGCAACUGGAGUGUCGAAGGCAAUAAUGUCAGCCGAAAACAUUAAAUCUUCUUUGCUUGUUGGUUCAUCCAUUAACAAGCUUUCAGCACGCUCUUAUCACUCAUUCCCAAUGCUUAGGUAUGGAGCAUCUAAGGGCGUCUUGGUGCCUACACAAGAUGGGGUCAAUUUGUUAACGAAAGGGGUCGAGUCUGCAAGAUGGUCAGAUUCUAUACUGAGAAAGAGCUCGAGGUGUUUGACAAUGACUAGGAGAAUAAUUUUGCGUCUGUAACUCUACCCGGGGCUUUACUCGUGUUGUAGUAGUAGUCAUUGUUACACAAUAGACUUUGAGAGUAGAGCAGGUUGAACUAUUGUUCCUAGAACAUCAGAAAACUGUGCCAAGACUUAUUUUCUUCUUCUUCAUCAUCAUUUCUGCAUUCAAAAUCAAGUCUCAUGUAAAAGUGAACGGCCUUUGUUCCUUCUCUUCUUUUGUACCCUGUGUAUCUUCUCUGAUAUAAUCGAGAAAUCCUUUUCUUGUUACUGUUUUCAAGGCAAAUGGCAGAAAAUGGAA